GUUAACAAGGAGGGGCUGAUGAUGUUUAAAGAAAGAGUUGUAACUAUAUAAAGAAAAGAAAGACCGUCAGAAACAGAAAAUGUCUGAUAAGUGUGAUCUGUGUCUGCUGGGCCUCAUCGUUCUCUCUUCACUUCUCACAGGUACCAGUGGAGAGGAUGACACUGAUAUAUUCAUCAGUUCUGGUGAAAAUGUCCGUCUGCCCUGUAAUAAUGCUCUUUCUAAAUGCAAAUCAACUACCUGGAACUAUAACAGAUUCAGUCGUUCACAAGCAGUUGAACUGAUUGCUGGAGGGAAAGUGAAGGAUAAUACAGGGAGACAUGCGAGACUGAGUCUGGGGUCUGACUGCUCUCUGAUCAUCAAGAGCGUCACAGAAGAAGAUUCUGGGCUUUACACCUGCCAACAAUAUGUGAAUGACAGAAAACAAGGAUCUGAUGCUCGUGUUUCUCUGCAUGCUCAAGAUCAUUCAACGACAGCAGUGAUUCCGGUCCACAUCACAAACUCUAUACAGACACCAGAACCUAAUACAAAAGUCAUAGGGAUUUCUGUCGCUGCAGUCGCUGUUCUCCUUCUUGCUCUUCUCUGGCUGAUCUUCAGAAAAACAGCUCGUGAGUUUUCAGAUUUACUCCUUUAUGUUUGUUGUCUGAAGGUCAAAGAUGAGAAUGAACAUAAAGGAACGAAUGAGACGAACAACAUGUCCAUUCCUCCUGCUGCAAGAGCCAAUGAGCAGACAGAUGAUCAUGUGUUUUAUACUGAGGUCACUUUUUCCAAUAAAAACCCAGUAAAAUCGCUCAAUGAUGAUAAUGAUAUAGUGACUUAUGCUGCCAUCAGAGGAAGAGAAGAUCAACCACAUGAUGAACUUUACGCCUCUGUGAACAAGAACAAGACAGUCACAAAUAAACAUUAAUGAUGCAGAUCAUGAGCUCAUCAUAUCAGGAGCAGAUGGGAAGAUUUCAUGUCUUUGGUGUUUGGAGGAAUUAUAUAUUUGUAUGUAAACGAGCAGAUAUUUGUUGAAUGUACUGUUAAUAUAAAUGAGAUUUAUUGUGAAUGAUCAUCAGGGCCCGAAUGUAUCAAGCCUCUGAGAAUUACAAGAACACUUAAGAGUAAAAAUAAUUCUUGGCUCAAAGCUGCUCUUAAAAGGUAGUUAUCAAGCAUCUCAGUUGUAAUUUAAGUGAAGUGUAGGACUAAAUCUUAAGUGUCGGUCUUAGAGAUGAUUCACAACACUUUGCUGUGCCAGAAACGUGAUUUUGGAUGACGACAUUGACAUGGACCAAUCACUGAAUAGAUCUCCUUAUUUAAGAAUAUUCUCAGAUAAAUUCACAUUGAAUGGUGAAAUUACUAAGAGGAGUUUGCAUUGAGCACACAUUUGACAAAUCAUUUUUAAAAAUGAAAGGAACACCUUUUCCAACAUGUCUUAAUUACAAAUUUUAAACCAGUGCGCUGUUAACUGAUAUAGGCUAGAUUUUAUUAUUUAAAAUCAUAUUUCUGGUUCCAUAAUAUAAAUGUUAUUUUUGUAUUUCAUCUAUGUUGAUUAUAUGAAAAGUAAACAGCAUGAGUAAGAUAGGAUCAUAAGAUGGGUCAGACAUGAUUUUGACCACUUCAUUAAGUUUUGUUUUGUAGAGAGCAUUUUUUUAAAAGUGAAUUUCGUUUUGAAUAAAUUGUAUCUUAAUUUGAA